AUGGCUUCCUCGAACCCCAGAGACAGACGAGGAGAAAGGCGACUCUCGCGGUUGCAAGCAAGUCCGCCUGCCGGCCGUGACCACGAAGAAGAAGUACGGCCGCUCCUCCAACCCGAGACGAGGCCUAUCACCCAGGAACAACUCGAAACGGAAGUCAAAGGCAUCUAUGCUGGAGUCGUUAUGGUUGAGAAGAAGUGCGUGGAGAUAGAUGCCGAACUAGCUCAAACAACCGACAGACUCAACAACGAGCAGUGGCAGGCAUUAAUCGCCCUACAUCGCACUUUACUUCAUGAGCAUCAUGACUUUUUCCUGGCGUCUCAACACCCAAAGGCAUCGGCAGCGUUACAACGCCUCCCGACAAAAUAUGCAAUGCCGGCACGCAUGUGGCGACAUGGUAUUCAUUCUUUCCUGGAGCUUCUCCGCCAUCGCCUCCCAUAUUCUCUGGAACACAUGCUCAGCUUCGCGUAUCUCGCCUACCAAAUGAUGGGACUUCUUAUGGAGUCAGUGCCGCCCUUCUAUAACACCUGGAUAGAAUGUUUAGGCGACUUAGCUCGUUAUCGUAUGGCCAUUGAACAGGUUGACCUACGAGAUCGAAAGCAUUGGUCCAAUAUCUCUCGAAUGUGGUACGAAAAGGCCGCCGACAACUCGCCCGAUACCGGAAGAAUUCAGCAUCACAUUGCAGUUACCGCCAAGGCCGCUCCUGACAUCGUUUGCCAAUUAUUUUACUAUUCCAAGGCUCUCAUCGCCGUCGACCCUUUUCUUCCAGCCCGGUGCUCAAUUAUGCUUUUGUUGACUCCCCUCCUGGAGUCAUCCGAGCCCCCCCCUUCCAGAUAUUCCAAGCUGGAGAGUUCUCUAGUCACUGCGGCCGGCUUUCUAUUCACUAAGGGUUCCGUCGACCAGUAUUGCAUCCAGGCUGAGCAAUUUACAUCAGAAUUGGAGAGACACAUAGCACGAUCCGGCUGCAAUUGGAAGACACAGGGACCACAGGUGGCUUCUGUGCUUAUUGCAUUCAUUCUUGGCUUUGGCUCGGACGACAAUUACCUCUGGAAAGCAUUCCGUGCCAAUCACGAUCGAAGUGAAGUCUCCCAGCAAGAGGCGUCCAUCGAUGCCGAGGAUUGCCGCCAUGCCUCUCCGCCUCCCCAGCACCGUGUCAAAGACAAAUUCACGUCGGCGGAUGAAGUAACCUCAUAUGGCCUUCAAGUGUGGUCCCAAGCUAUAACCAUUGUAGCUGGCGCCCUAAUCUAUGUCGAAAAUCAUGUUCCGUGGACAGUAUUGGUCCUUUUCUUGAACAGCUUGAGCAGAUCCGGUGUAACUGAUGCGCUCGUCGAAUCCAAGGAGUUCCCUCGGUCGUCGUUCAAGCAGCUACCCGAAGACUUUCCCAUUCGGGGCCUAGUCUGGGCGCCGUACUAUUUCCCAUCGAACUUUUUCGAGGGAGAGGUUGUCGACCAAGAUGAUCGCGCACUCGAGCUGCCAAGCUACACAGCACCACGGACUGCACGGUGUCUCUGGCUUGGAGUUAGACUUGCAUCGUUGAAUCGCUAUAUGACAUAUGACACUUCGACAAAGCAAUUUGGCUGCACCAAACUCGCUUCGCAGCUUGCGGAAAAUACAUCGAUGCGCGUUCAAACACCCACCACCACUGAAUGUAAUGUGCAGAUGACCGACGUUUGA